UGCUCCCCCGAGCAGUUCUCCUGCACGUCGGGGGAGGUGGACUGCAUCCCGCAGGCAUGGAGGUGCGACGGUUACCCUGAGUGCGACGACAGCAGCGACGAGGAGGACUGUCCCGUCUGCUCCGAAUCAGAGUUCCAGUGCGACAGCCGGCAGUGCAUCGACCUGAGCCUGCGCUGCAACGGGGAGGUCAACUGUCAGGACCGCUCGGACGAGAACAAGUGUGAAGUCCGUUGUCCUCCUGAUCAGUUCACCUGCUCCAACGGUCAGUGCAUCGGAAAACACAAGAAGUGCGACCACAACAUGGACUGUACCGACAACUCGGACGAGAUCGGCUGCUACCCGACCGAGGAGCCGCCUCCUCCUCCCAACACGACCAUCGGCUCCAUCGUGGGCGUGGUCAUGGCGCUGUUCGUGGUGGGGGCCGUGUACUUCGUCUGUCAGCGCGUCCUCUGUCCUCAGAUGAAGGACGACGGUGAGACGGUCACCAAUGACUUCGUGGUCCACGGGCCGUCCUCGGUGCCGCUCGGAUACGUGCCGCACCCGAGCUCGCUGUCCAGCUCGCUGCCAGGAAUGUCCAGAGGGAAGUCUGUGAUCGGCUCGCUCAGCAUCAUGGGCGGGAGCAGCGGGCCGCCGUACGACCGCGCCCACGUGACCGGAGCGUCAUCAAGCAGCUCGUCCAGCACCAAGGGGACAUACUUCCCCCCGAUCUUGAACCCUCCUCCGUCUCCCGCCACGGUCCGCUCGCAGUACACGAUGGAGUUCGGUUAUUCAUCCAACAGUCCCUCGACUCACAGAUCGUACAGGCCGUACACGUACCGUCACUUCGCCCCUCCCACAACCCCCUGCAGCACUGACGUGUGUGACAGCGACUACACGCCGGGACGCCGAGCGCCGCUCAAGUCCAGCGCCACCGCCAAGGGCUACACCAGCGACCUCAACUACGACUCGGAGCCUUUCCCGCCGCCGCCGACGCCCCGCAGCCAGUACCUGUCGGCGGAGGAGAACUGUGAGAGCUGCCCGCCGUCGCCUUACACCGAACGCAGCUACUCCCACCACCUCUACCCGCCGCCGCCAUCACCCUGCACGGACUCCUCGUGAGCCAAACCCCCCCACACACACAGAAACCCCGACACACACCCCCCUACCCACCCCUCCGCAUAGCUCCGCCCCCUCACUGUAAAUAGCAAUUGUGCAUAAAUGAGGAUAAAAAUGGGAAGGAGAGACUGAGGACGGCGAGGACGAGAAAAGGAAACACGGGAGCUGCAGAACAUUUGUACAUUAAAAAGAGAAAAAGCAUAUUUAUAUAUUUUCUAUACAGUGUUUACUGAUGAUGCCAUAGAGGUUUGUAUUAAGAAAUUUGUACAUUUUUUAAGAAAAAGGUUUUAUUAAAAUCAUCACAAAUAUAA